AUGUUCGCCCCGGGAUCCUUGCUGCUGUUGUGCCUUCUUGGGCCACCUUUCGGCUUCUUCUUUGCUCUAGGCCUGGAAUGUGAGGUUGACUGUCACCCGGAUAGAGGAAUCUGUGAAAAGGACCAGUGUAGGUGUCGACCUGGUUGGCAGGGACCCCUGUGCAAUGAGUGUGUGCCCUUUCCUGGAUGUCUACAUGGAAGUUGUUCUCUUCCCUGGCAAUGUAUCUGUGAGGAUGGCUGGAUUGGGAGCCUCUGUGAUAUAGAUCUCCAGUUGUGUGCUGCCAAGCCCUGCCCCAAGAAUGGGACAUGCAUUGGUUCUGAGGAAGGUGGUUCCAGCUGCUCUUGUGCCUCAGGCUCUUCAGGAAGAAACUGUCAUUUUAAGGAAGGACCUUGUGUUAUUAAUGGUUCUCCCUGCCAGAAUGGAGGUGCUUGCAUUGAUGACAAUGGCCUUGCUUCUUACACCUCCUGCUUAUGCCCAGACGGCUUCUCCGGCAACUUCUGUGAGCUGAACAUGAAUAGCUGUGACCCCAAUCCAUGUGAGAAUGGAGGUAUGUGCACUGACAUUGGUGGGGACUUCCGUUGUCGCUGUCCACUGGGGUUCAUGGACAAGACUUGUGGUCGGCGUGUGGGGGACCAUUGUGCCAGUGACCCCUGUGAGCAUGGGGGUACCUGUGUGCCUCAUACCAGAGGAGGCUUCGAAUGCCUUUGCAAACCAGAAUUCUCUGGGCCCACUUGUAACCAUGGCCACCCAAAUCAUAGCCACCCAGGACCCAAAACCAAGAGGGGUCCUGGGCUGCCUGACCAAUUUAUCCCUGAGACUCAGGGCAGGAUUGCCACCCAUCAACCCAGUCACAGAAUGCUAAAGAUCACCAUGAGGGAACUGACCAAGAAUAGCAAACCUCUGUUUAAUGAAAGCCAGGCCAUCUGCUUCACCAUCCUGGGGGUUCUGACAUGCCUGGUCGUGCUGGGCACCAUCAGCAUUGUUUUCUUCAACAAGUGUGAAGUGUGGUUCUCCAAUGCCAAGUACAGUCGUCUCCUCCGUAAAAAAAAGAACUUGCUCCUCAGGUACAGCAAUGGGGAUGAGCAUACCAUUAACAUCAUCUUACCUGAGAAGAUGAAUCUGAAAUCCUACAGUAAGUGCCUGAAUGAGAUCUGA